AUGGGGCUGCUGACCGGGGAUAUGCUGGGGUCCCUGGCUGUGGCCGUGGCCAUCUUCCAGCUCCUGGUGGACCUGAUGCACAGGUGCAGACGCUGGGCUGCCCCUGUGGGCAACCUGCUGCAGAUGGAUUUCCAGAACACACUCUGCUACUUGGACCAGCUGCGGCGCGGCUUCGGGAACGUGUUCAGCCUGCAGCUGGGACGGACGCCUGUGGUCGUGCUCAACAGCCUGGACGCCGGGCGCGAGGCACCGGUGUACCACAGCGAGGACACAGCUGAACGGCCGCCUAUGCGGGUCUAUGAGCACCUGGGCUUCCGGCCGCCCUCCAAAGGCAAGCGGAAGAUGGGGGCAGACCGAGGCCUGGCCGGGACUGGGCCAGCAUGGCGCGAGCAGCGGCGCUUCUCCGUGUCCACCCUGCGCAACUUCGGCCCGGACAAGAAGUCACUGGAGCAGUGGGUGAUCGAAGAGGCCUCGGGCCUCCGUGAAGCCUUCUCCGACCAUGCCGGUGAGACCUUCAGCCCCGGCGCCCGCGUGGAUAAAGCGGUGAGCAUCGUGAUCUCCUCCCUCACCUACGGGCGCCGCUUCGAGUACGACGACCCGCGCUUCCUCAAGCUGCUGGAACGACUGCCGGCGGGAGUGGAGGAGGCCCAGGGCUUCCUGCGCGAGAUCCUGAACUCGAUCCCGGAGCUCCUGCACAUCCCGGGGCUGCCCAGCAAGCUCUGCUCAGCACAGAAGACCCUCACGAUCCUAAUAGAUGAGCUAGUACAGGAACACAGGACGACCCGGGACCCAACCCAGCCACCCCGAGACCUCACUGAUGCCUUCCUGGAUGAGGUGGAAAAGGCCAAGGGGAGCCCCAAGAGCAGCUUCAAUGAUGAGAACCUGGGCAUGGUGACAUCUGACCUUCUUGCUGCUGGGAUGGUGUCCGCCUCAGCCACGCUGACCUGGGCCCUGCUGCUCAUGAUCCUGCACCCGGACGUGCAGCCACGUGUCCAACAGGAGAUAGAUGAGGUGAUAGGGCGGGUGCAGGGACCAGAGAUGAGGGACCAGACCCACAUGCCCUUCACCAUGGCUGUGGUCCAUGAGGUGCAGCGUUUUGGGGACAUCAUCCCACGGGGCUUGCUUCGCAUGACGUCCCAAGACCCUGAAGUGCAGGGCUUCCUCAUCCCCAAGGGGACAAGACUUAUCACCAGCCUAUCGUCGGUGCUGAAGGACGAGAAGGUCUGGAAGAAGCCCCUCCGUUUCUAACCCGAGCACUUCCUGGAUGCCCAGGGCCGAUUCGUCAAGCAGGAGGCCUUCAUGCCCUUCUCCGCAGGCCGCCGCAUCUGCCUCGGAGAGCCCCUGGCCCGCACGGAGCUCUUCCUCUUCUUCACCUGUCUCCCGCCACGCUUCAGCUUCUCCGUGCCUGCCGGACAGCCCUGGCCCAGCGACCACAGGGUCUUCUCCUUCCUGGUGACCCCAGCCCCCUCCCAGCUCUGUGCUGUGCCUCGCCAGGGGGAGGAAGCAUCCCCCCCCCACCGGCUCCUCAGUAGGGGCCUGAUGGGCCAAUAAACCAGUUGGGUGGCUCCA